AUGCCGCGGCACCCCGGGGCAUGCCGGGGCAUGCCGUGGCAAAGUGCUGGAAUGCCGCGGCACGCCGUGGCAUGCCGUGGUAAAAUGCUGGCCCUACUUUGGCAAUUUAAAAUUUAUAAAACUGAUGUUCAAGUCUCUCAUGAGGCUACUACUCUAGCUGAACAGUUAAAAGAUUUCAGUUUCAUAGUUUCAUUGGUUGUUUGGUAUGACAUACUUUUUCAAAUUAACGUCGUUAGUAAAUCUCUACAAUCACCAGAUAUAGAUCUCAGUAAAUGCACAGAAAUGUUGAAAAAAUGCUGCACUUUCUUGAAGGAAUAUAGAAAUACAGGCUUUAAAAGCGCCAUUUCAACUGCAAAAGAAUUGGCUGAAGAACUGGAAGUUGAACCUGUGUUUAAGGCCACAAAAAGAAUUCGAUUUGUUAAGCGUCAAGCUGAUGAAACUGCCCGCGACGAGCCUAUUGUUUCUCCUGAAAAGAAAUUUGAGGUAGAAUUUUUCAACUCUCUCUUGGACGCUACAUUAAUUUCAGUUAAUGAAAGAUUUGAACAGUUCAAUGAGUACUCGGAUUGCUGGUCUUUUUUGUACAAUAUAAAACAGAUUCCUGAAAAACCCGACCUUGUCAAACUCUGUAGUGAUCUCCAAUUGAAAUUAACUGUGAAUUCUAAAUCAGAUAUAGAUGGUUGUAUGUUGUGUGAUGAACUCAUAAGCCUGAAAUCUUUUUUGCCUGAUCAGAAUGUGGCUACCCCUGCUUAUGUUUUAAAUUUUAUUAAAGAUCGCAACUUACAGGAACUGUAUCCAAAUGUAUGGAUAGCAUUUCGAAUAUUACUGACUAUACCUGUAACGGUUGCUAGUGGAGAAAGAAGUUUUUCCAAGCUAAAGCUGAUUAAAACAUAUCUACGAUCGACAAUCUCUCAAUCUAGAUUAACAAACUUAGCAACUUUAUCAAUCGAAAACGAAAUUGCAGAAAACAUGGACUUUGAACGUCUAAUAAGGAGUUCGCCGAUGUAA